AUGAAGGUAUGGAAGUGUGCCGCACUCUCCGUCAUGCUCUGUGCCGCGGCGCUCUCCCUCUUCCUCACUAGACUCAUGGCCCCCGCGCGGACCCGACAGCGCCCCCCGCCGUCCUCGUCCUCGGCGCUGCCGUCCCCGUCGCUCUCCUCGCCCCACGACUCCGCCCCCUCGCUGACGGACGGGCGCCGGCGCGCGGCCAGAUCGGCGGAGGGCAUGCCCUCCCUCCUGUCGGAACUCUCGCACGUGUUCCAGAGCUUCACAGAAGGAGAGCUGAAGCAAAUUAUUGCGACAUUUGUGGACAAGAAGAGCAGGAGAGACAGUCUGGAUGCCAACCAGAACAAGAGGACUAAACGAGCUAGAAAGAGGCAGAAUUCCUGUUCACUCAAGACGAAGUUGGUUACAGUAAGUCAGUUGGGCCUGGGUCAUGACAGCACGGAGGAACUACUGUUUAAGUUCUGCAGCGGGGGGUGCAUCUGGCAGAAAAAGAACUACGACAUGGCAUUAAAUACGAUGAGAAAGAACGGCAUUAUUGAAAAAGGCAAAGCCCGGCAUAAACCCUGCUGCCGUCCGACCACGUACGAUGACAUUUCCUUCUUCGAUGACAUGAACUUCAAAUACUACACCCUCCGGAACUUGACAGCAAAGAACUGUAGCUGUGUAUAGUGUGAAACACAGCUAUGUGUCUUGUGAACAUGGAUUAUUUGAGGAGCGUAAUUGACUCUGUGCUUUUGCCUGAAACAUUCGGAGACACAAACCCCAACUUUUCACAAAUGUCGAGAGACAGGAAGAACAGGUUGUUACCUUAAACUAUUACUUCUCUACAGCAGAGGAU